GUGGAAGAGAGAUGGAGAAGGAAUUCUGACAAGGUUAUCCCACGGGAUAUCCCACGGCUGCCCCGGCCUACAACCCCAACAUGUACCCGACCAGCAGCCCCGGCUACGCCCCAGCCACCCUCCUGAUGAAGCAAGCCUGGCCUCAGACCUCCUCGUCCUGCGCCACCGAGGGCACCUUCCACCUCCCGGUGGACACCGGCACUGAGAACAGAACCUACCAGGCCUCUUCUGCAGCUUUCAGAUACACCGCAGGAACUCCCUACAAGGUGCCACCGACCCAGAGUAACAACGCUCCCCCUCCCUACUCGCCGUCUCCCAACCCCUACCAGACCGCCAUGUACCCCAUCCGAAGUGCCUACCCCCAGCAGAACCUGUACACGCAGGGAGCUUAUUAUACCCAGCCGGUGUACGCGGCGCAGCCCCACGUCAUCCACCACACCACCGUGGUGCAGCCCAACAGCAUCCCCUCGGCCAUCUACCCCGCUCCCGUGGCCGCGCCCAGGACCAACGGAGUGGCCAUGGGAAUGGUCGCCGGCACCACCAUGGCCAUGUCAGCAGGAACCUUGUUGACCACCCCCCAACACACCGCCAUCGGAGCACAUCCCGUGUCUGUGCCAACGUACAGGGCUCAAGGAACCCCCACCUACAGCUACGUACCUCCACACUGGUAAUCCACUGGCCAAUCCAUAUCCGGAAUCAAACAUUGUAUGCAACUCCACAAGUCUUACAUCGGUGCCACGGCCCCCUGGGCCGCAGCGCCUCGUCUGUUUGCAAGAACAAAACUCAACAAACCAAGUGCAAGGGUCACUUUAUGCAUCCUUUAGUGGUUUUUGUAAAAGCUGCUUUUUCUAAUCUUCUGCCUCUCUUUUAUUUUCCCCCCCCCCCCCUAUCCCCCCCCCCCCAUGAAAUUGUGUAACACACAUGACUGA